ACGAGGCUCCGCCUGGCAGAUCUACCGGCAUUUUCGUUGCAUCAGCUGUCAUAUAGACCGCCAAUUCAAAAUUGAUUGCUUUUAAAUAAAAUAAAACUUCAAGGAUUUAUCAUCGAAACGCGAGUCAGAUCGAUUCUUAUAAAGGAUUUCGUCGAUUGCGCUACACGUUUUUGACACUGUUAAAACAUAACGGCGCAGAGGCUCGGUGGGACAUCCAGCUCAUCACUGUAACCGGAGUGCGAUCGGUUUUGAGCCUUACUACGAAACAUAUCGCACAGAUUGUUGACGUGAAUAGGCUCGGGGGAACCUAUCACACUCCUUAAUUGUUUGUAGCUUAUCGUAAUGGACAUCUGUUCAACAUCUUGAUUGAAAUCGAUAGUCGCCGCUCCGAGUAGCACUGCGUGGCAAACCAUCGUCUGCGAUCACGCUCUGUACUUUCCUUCAGACGACUCGUCGCGCCUUUUAUCGUGUCCGGCUGUUUUCAGGCGCCACCAGUGUGGAUCUGAUAUGCAUCAGCGGGGCUCGUUUGUCUCUCCGUUGCUCAGCGGUGUUUUCUGUCAGUGCCGCACUGAGGAAUAUCAAGGCUCUGAUCCCGGUGGCGGUGGACGGACUCUGAGCUCAGCAUAUCCGCCAGAAUUGCCCUCCGAGCACGGCCAUGACGAGUCUUGCGACUCUCCUCAUCAAUGCGCGGUGUGUGGCGGACCCGAACAGGAACACAGGCUCAAGGUCCUCUUCCAGAUUUUGGAUGUUAAUAGAGACGGAGGCAUCUGUGUCAACGAUCUGACCAUCGGACUGAAGAAGUUGGGCGUUCAUAGGACUGAACAUGAGCUCAUGAAAGUUGUCAAGGCUGGAGACAAGGACCUGGACGGUCAGUUGGACUUUGAAGAGUUUGUGCACUACCUGAGGGACCACGAGAAAAAACUGAGACUGGUCUUCAAGAGCCUGGACAAAAAGAAUGAUGGUCGCAUAGAUUCACAAGAGAUCAUGCAGUCAUUGAGAGAUCUUGGGGUUCAUAUAUCCGAAGAACAGGCUGAAAAGAUCCUAAAGAGAAUAAGGAGGGGUCAUAAUUUGGCCCCUAUAAUAUAUAUGGAUAAAAACGGCACAAUGACCAUUGACUGGAAUGAAUGGAGAGAUUACCAUCUCCUUCAUCCUGCUGAAAACAUUCCUGAAAUCAUCCUCUACUGGAAACACUCUACGAUAUUUGACGUGGGUGAAAGUAUGAUGGUCCCUGAUGAGUUUACAGCAGAGGAGAAGAAAACGGGCAUGUGGUGGAGACACCUGGUAGCAGGAGGUGGAGCAGGUGCCGUCUCUCGCACCUGUACCGCACCUCUGGACCGCCUUAAAGUUCUUAUGCAGGUUCACGCGUCACGCAGCAACUCCAUGGGAAUCUUCGGAGGAUUCACCCAAAUGAUCCACGAGGGUGGAUUACGAUCACUGUGGCGAGGAAACGGCAUGAACGUUUUAAAGAUCGCACCUGAAUCUGCCCUCAAGUUCAUGGCGUAUGAGCAGAUAAAGCGUCUGAUUGGUAGUAAUCAAGAGACAUUAGGGAUCCUGGAGAGAUUUGUUGCCGGGUCUCUAGCAGGAGCUUUUGCUCAGAGCAGCAUCUACCCAAUGGAGGUUAUAAAAACUCGUCUUGCCCUGGGAAGGACGGGUCAAUUCGAAGGUAUCGCAGACUGUGCUAAACAUAUAUUUAAAAGGGAAGGUGUGGCGGCCUUCUACAAGGGUUAUAUUCCCAAUAUGCUGGGUAUCAUCCCUUAUGCUGGAAUCGACCUGGCAGUUUAUGAGACGCUCAAGAACUCAUGGCUGCAGAGGUUUGCUACAGACAGUGCUGAUCCAGGUGUCUUUGUGCUGCUAGCCUGUGGUACAAUGUCUAGUACAUGUGGACAGUUAGCAAGCUACCCAUUAGCCUUAGUGAGGACACGUAUGCAAGCACAAGCAUCAGUGGAAGGCAGCCCUCAGAUGACUAUGAGCGGUCUCUUCAGACACAUUGUACGGACAGAGGGUGCUAUUGGACUCUAUAGAGGCUUGGCACCUAAUUUUAUGAAAGUCAUUCCUGCUGUCAGCAUAAGCUACGUGGUGUAUGAGAACUUAAAAAUCACCCUUGGCGUCCAGUCCCGGUGAGAGGAAUCCGAAGACUGUUAAAUCCAUAAUGGUAUCUGUUUAUAUAUUCCAAGUGUUUUUUGGACCAGAAAAAUAUUUUGUCCAAAAGGGCCGGAUGCACUCGAAAGGAAGCAUAACAUGGUUGGCAACCAAAGAGCUUGCAUGCUGGAAGAAGAAAACCUUUCUGUCAGAGACGGGUUUGUCAUCUCAUCAGUGAAUGGCAGAGGAGAUGAAAUGCAUAAGAAGAGAAACAUUAAAUGGAUAGCUCACCUAACAAUGAAAGUUUUGCCAUCAUGUCCUCAGACAUACUAUUGUUCGAAGUAUACUGACCCAUAUUACUUUUUUGACCACAAUAGGCAAUAAGUCAGGGACUGACAACCUCAGCUCCCAUUUUCUUUUACUGUAAGAAGAAAAAUGCAAUGAAAGCAAAUUGAUUCAGGUUGUCAGUCCCCACCCCACUAAGUGUGAUAUUAAUAAUUACAACAUUUUCAGUAAGGUAACCAUUGUUACAUACAAACUACAAGUGGAUACAAUAUGGGCAUGUCAGAACUGGAUCACAAAAAAACCCAAAUAUCAUGUGAAAGAUUUAGGUUUCUUGUUUAUAUUAGAUUUCAGUAUGGAUCAAUAUACAAAACCUCUUUAUAUUAAACUUCUUUGAAGGAAAAAUGAUCCAGACAUUUAACAAUGCCAGAAUGACUAAAGAGUUUAGUGGAGAAAGUCAAUAACUGCAUUCAUUCAUUUCAAUGACACAACUGGAAUUAUAUGCACUAAAGUAUUUGGUAGAUAUGGCUCUAAUAAUCCAGGACUGACAACUUUAAUUCACAAAAUCAUCAUUCCACUGGAUGGCAGUGUUCUGUAAGAAAAGGCUUGAUCAGCAGGACAGACUCCUUUAUAGACAUUUAUGUUAUAAAAUCACCCAAAUAUUUUAGCAUUUUCCAUACAGAAUUUAUUAUUUUUAUUUUUUAUUAAUGUUUUUUAUCAUCGACAUCCUAAUAUUAUACAUCUUAAAAUGAAGUGUGUGUGUCGAGGAGAACGUAAGGAAAUGUUUAAAUAAUCUUGUUUUAGGAUUGCAAGUGUUAUACAUCAAAUGGUCCAAAACGAACAUUGUUUAGCUUUUCAAUGUUAUUUCAGCUUUUCAUUGUAAUUUAUUUUUUUUUGUAUAUUGUUUUCUUUAGGUUAUUUAAUAUGCAUUGAUAAGUUCACUGUAACAACACUACAUUUACACACUCCUCAUGCUUACUGACAACUUAUUUUAUGUUAACAGAAAUGUUGUACUCAUUACCAUUAUUGUUCAAGUUUAAACACUUUGGGCAAGUUCAAUUUUAAAUCAGUUGUGAAUCAAGUUUAAACCGUUGAAAUAAGAUUGUUGAUAUUUUAGGUUACAUGGUUUUAAAAAUUUCUUCAUACAAUAUAUAUGGUCUGCACUAUUGCAGUGUAAAUAUAGUUUUAGUUUUGCUAAAUCCCAUAUAUUCCCCCAGUGUUAGUUUGCAAGGAUAACACACUUGAUUUCUACUCGCUUCUUAUGAAUGAACAUAUUUAAGCACUUUAUUUUAUUUAAAAUAACCAGACUUGAAUAUUCCAUAGGAGGGUUUACAGUGGAAUUGUGGUGGAAUGAUUUAUAUGAGUAUUUAGGUUGAGAUUUUCAUUUUUUUUUACUUUUGUGUUUAAUGUUGCAUCAGUUUAGGGGUAAAAUGGUUCAGCCUUUAUAAACACUACAAAUGUAUGUUUGUUCUUGAACUGGACACAGGAUCUUCAAGGUUGGCAGUUAAAGGAAAACACCACGGUUUUCCAAUAUUUUACUUUGUUCUUACCUCAACUUAGACGAAUUAAUACAUACCCAUCUUUUUUCAAUGCGUGCACUUAAUCUUUGUACAGCUCGUUGUGAAUGUGUUAGCAUUUAGCCUAGCCCCAUUCAUUCCUUAGGAUCCAAACACUUCCAUGUUUUCCCUAUUUAAAGACUGUUACAUGAGUAGUUACACGAGUAAGUAUGGUGGCACAAAAUAAAAUGCCAUUUUUUUAAGCUGAUAAAAAUGAGAACUAUAUUGAACUGAGUUCUCUUCCGCCAUACAAUAUAGUUCUCAUUUUUUAUCCGCUUAAAAAUCACCACGUUUAAUCUUGUGCCACCAUACUUACUUGUGUAACUACUCAUGUAAGAGUCUUUAAAUAACAUGGAAGUGUUCGGUGGCUUCUAAAUUCAUCCCUGUUUGGAUCCU